AAAAGGAAAAAAGAAAAGAAAAAAAGCUCGCGAUGGAGUACCACCAUAAGCAGUAGCCCCUUGGUUUCCAGUGGGUUUCAGAGCUUAAAAAAGCUUGCUGUGGAAGCAAACUUUUUUUCCUCGAUUUUUUCUUCAAAUCUCGUACUCAUUUGUGUUCUUUCUCGAUCUUCUCUCUCUAUUUCUUUCAAUCUGUGUGAUUUACCGAGCGGCAUUGCCUUUUUUGUCGACAUUUUUCGUGCAGCGAGCUCUGCGCCUUUGAUUCUAGUGUGAGUUCGUGGUAAUUUCUGAUGAGGAUUUUAGCUUGAGCUGUAGUAGAAUCGUCAUUGAUUUGAUUUUGGCGGUUGCACCAUUCGGAAACUGAACAGGAGGUGGUAGAAUGUUUACCGAAGGACUCGAUAAAAGUGCCCUUCGAUGGGUUCGCGAGAAGGAUGACACAUUUAGUACUUCAAAUUUGAGGUAUCGAGCCGAUCCGAUUGCCGGCGUCGGAGUGGGUACUGGAGCAAGGGGUUUUGGAUUGCCACCGCCGUCGAACUUUAGAAGUGGGCACUUGCCGGCGAGUGCCAUUCCGGUCUCGAGAGCCAUUUCUGGUCGUGUGGACGAUAGUGCUUCUGCUUCAGAGAAUGACAUGUCUACUGAUUCUGAAGAGGAUGUUUAUGGGGUUAGAUAUUCCUUAGACUCAUCUCCCCAACACAACAGAGUUCCAAAUCGUUCUACUUAUAGAUAUGGAAAUUCCUUGCAAGGAAGAUCGAAUAAUGGCAGUGAUUACUUUUUCUCUGAUGUUAGUUCGUCGAGGGAAACGUUGGUUGGUGGUCAUAGGCAAAUGGCUGAUAGGAUGACCAGUAAAAAUGGGAGGUACCCAACUAAGCAAAAUGGUUUUACAGAAGACGAUUCUUCGGAUUCUGCUGCUAGUUCUGAAUUUUCUACAACACAAGUGGGGGGAAGUAUUAAUGGGGCUAUGCCCAGGAAUAGAACUUCCAUGGCAUCAGAGGGAUACUCGUCAAGCCUGCCAUCACGUGUGAAUGUGGGAAAUGCACCUAAAAAGGAUUUACAGAAUGGAAGGUUUUCUGAUGACGAUGACGAAGAUGACAUUCCCAGUGCCCCUCCUUUUUUUGCUUCAUCGCAGGAAAUUAAACAAUGUGCUGAAAAAAGUCAAGAUGUGAAGUUUGAUGGCACACGUGAUCAUAAAGCUCCAUCUGGAGUUGCAGUGCCGCAAGGAAAUAAGAGCAGUGACCAGUUUGUCAGACCAGUGAAUUCGGAAGCUGCGGGCAGUUCUGGAUCGGCUCGCCUCCCCACAUUUAAUGCAAGUGCUUUAGGGCCUUGGCAUGCAGUCAUAGCAUAUGAUGCAUGCGUGCGAUUAUGUCUUCAUGCUUGGGCAAUGGAAAAUAUGGAAGCCCCGAUGUUUUUGGAAAAUGAAUGUGCAGUAUUACGAGAUGCAUUUGGUUUACGGCAAAUACUCUUACAGUCAGAGGAUGAAUUGCUGGUGAAACACACUUCAGAACUUGCCAAUGAGGGAGCUCCGACCAAACCAAAGAAAACUAUAGGCAAAAUAAAGGUGCAAGUGCGGAAAGUGAAGAUGGGGCUGGAUCCACCAACGGGCUGUAAUAUUUUAGCUUUAAGACCACCUGCUGUAACCCUAGAAACCAUCAAGUAUCAAUUUUCCAGCUUUCAGUCAGCAGUAGCCUCUGGAUGGCAUGCUUUGCAUAAAAUUCGUGUUGCACCACGAAUACCUCCAAACAGUUCUCUAUCAAGACAAAGCAUGGCAUAUGUGCAUGCAAGCACCCAGUACAUCAAGCAGGUGUCCAAAGUUCUAAAAGCGGGUGUAACAACCCUGCGCAGCAGUUCAUCAUCUUAUGAAGUGGUGCAAGAAACGUACCCAUGUUUACUAAGACUGAAAAGUUUAGCUGAGGAAGAUGCCGUCAAAAUGCAGGCUGGAUCAGGAGAAACUCAUGUUUUUUUUCCAGAUGGUCUUGGUGAUGAUCUAAUUAUUGAAGUUCAGGAUUCCAAUGGAAAGCAUAUUGGUCGUGCUCUCCUGCAAAUAGCUGCCAUUACUGAUAACCCAGCAGAUAAAUUACGUUGGUGGUCUAUUUAUCGUGAGCCUGAACAUGAACUCGUGGGCAAAAUUCAACUUUACGUAAAUUACUCAGCAAGUGCAGAUGACAAUAGUCACCCAAAGUGCGGUUCUGUGGCAGAAACAGUAGCAUACGACUUAGUUCUUGAGGUUUCCAUGAAAGUUCAGCAUUUUCAACAGAGGAACCUUUUGUUGCAUGGAUCCUGGAAAUGGCUUUUGACAGAGUUUGCAUCAUACUAUGGCAUUUCAGAAGUAUAUACCAGAUUAAGAUAUCUUUCGUAUAUCAUGGAUGUGGCCACACCAACAGCUGACUGCCUAACUUUGGUGUAUGACUUGCUCAUGCCUGUUGUUAUGAAGGGCCAUGACAAGAGUACGUUGAGUCAUCAAGAGAACCGAAUUUUAGGAGAAACCAGGGAUCAAAUUGAGCAGAUACUUGCUCUUGUUUUUGAGAACUAUAAAUCACUUGACGAAGCAACUCUCUCGGGUCUUAUGGAGAUAUACAGACCAGCAACGGGGGUUGCAGCGCCUGCUCUAGAACCAGCAGUUAAAUUGUACACUCUUCUGCAUGAUAUUCUAUCUCCGGAGGUUCAGACUUCCUUGUGCCAUUAUUUCCAGGUUGCCGUGAAAAAGAGAUCAAGGAGGCACUUGAGUGAAACGGAUGAAUAUAUGGGUAACAGUAACGAAGGCAGUUUGGUAGAUAUGGUUACUAUGUCUACUGCUUACCAAAAGAUGAAAUCGGUGUGCCUUGACAUUAGGGGGGAGAUAUUCUCUGACAUUGAGAUCCAUAAUCAACACAUACUUCCCAGUUUUGUAGACCUACCAAAUCUCUCUGCUUCCAUAUAUAGCACAGAGCUUUGCAGUAGAUUGCGCUCUUUCCUAAUUGCUUGCCCACCAACAGGCCCUUCCCCUUCAGUAGCAGAACUUGUUAUUGCGACUGCUGAUUUUCAGAGGGAUCUUGCCAGAUGGAAUAUUAGUCCUGUGAAAGGCGGUGUUGAUGCAAAAGAAUUGUUCCAUUUGUAUAUUCUGGUGUGGAUCCAGGAUAAGCGCCUGUCGUUGCUUGAAACAUGCAAAUUGGAUAAGGUCAAGUGGUCGGGAGUUAGAACUCAACAUUCUACAACACCUUUUGUUGAUGAAAUGUAUGACCGAUUAAAGGAAACUUUGAGUGACUAUGAGAUUUUCAUUUGUCGAUGGCCAGAGUACACCUUUGUUUUGGAACAAGCUAUCGCAGAUGUUGAAAAAGCAAUAGUCGAGGCAUUGGACAAGCAGUAUGCUGAUGUGUUGGCACCGCUAAAAGAAAACUUAGCACCCAAAAAGUUUGGACUUAAGUAUGUCCAGAAACUGGCUAAACGAUCUGUCAGCUCUUACACUGUUCCGGAUGAGCUGGGGAUUCUAUUAAAUUCCAUGAAGAGGAUGCUUGAUGUUCUGCGCCCGAAGAUAGAAACGCAAUUUAAGCUGUGGGGUUCCUGCAUUCCUGAAGGUGGAAAUGUAAUUCCUGGCGAACGUCUUAGUGAAGUGACAGUCAUGCUCAGAGCCAAGUUCAGAAACUAUUUGCAAGCAGUCGUGGAGAAGCUUAUUGAGAAUACAAAGUUACAAAGUGCUACAAAGCUGAAAAAGAUUCUACAAGACUCCAAGGAAGCUGUGAUUGAGUCAGAAAUACGAAGCAGGAUGCAACCACUGAAAGAUCAGUUGUCAAACACAAUAAAUCAUCUUCAUACUGUCUUUGAGAGUCAUGUAUUCAUUGCUCUCUGUCGGGGUUAUUGGGACCGGAUGGGACGGGAUGUUCUAAGCUUCAUGGAGAACAGGAGAGACAACAGGUCAUGGUAUAGAGGGUCGCGCAUUGCAGUUUCGGUUCUCGAUGAUACAUUUGCCUCACAAAUGCAGCAGUUGCUCGGCAACUCGCUACAAGAGAAAGACCUUGAGCCACCGACCUCGAUCACAGAAGUGCGAUCGAUGCUCUGCAAGGAUUAAGGGGGUUAAGGGGAGGCAAACCAUAUUAUAUACAUGCUCAUGCUUGAUGGAUGUGGGCAUAUAUGCUUUUUUUUUUUUCUCUUUUUUUUUGAAGCAGGAAGAGGCAAGUGCUAACCGACAUCUUGUUGGCAUGAGGAUUUUAGAGGUCAAUUUUGAUGAGAAGAAUGAAAGUUUUCUGUUGAAAGAGAAACAUGUGGCUAACUUGCUGAUUCCAUUUUGUAAAGAAGGGAGUUAGCUUCUCAGCUGCCCCAUAAUUUUCUCUUCUGGUAUCUUCAAUUCAAUGGUGCACUAACUAUAUAGAGAAAUGUAGAUGUAUAUGUACAACUUUACAUAAAUAUAAUUCUUCUGAUUGUUUAAAACA